AUGGUACCCUCGGCGGUGUUCUGGGGACUUGUCGCCCUCAUUGGCACUUCCAGGGGCUCAUACCCGCUCACUCAUUCCAUGAACCCUCAAGUGUACCCUCGACAUUACCAUGGCUGCUACGGAGACAUCAUGACCAUAGAGACUUUUGGGGCCCCCUGUGACAUAAACAAUCUGAUGAACUGUGGGAUCCACGGUUCGGAAAUGUUUGCCGAGAUGGAUUUGAAAGCCAUAAAGCCUUACCGUAUCCUCAUCAAAGAAGUGGGACAGAGAUACUGCAUCGACCCAGCGAUCAUCGCAGCCAUCAUCUCCAGAGAAAGCCAUGGUGGAGUUGUCCUGCAAAAUGGCUGGGAUCAUAGAGGACAAAGAUUUGGCUUGAUGCAGCUUGAUAAAGCGCACCAUCCUAUUGGUACCUGGGACAGCAAAGAACACCUUCUACAGUCCGUUGGGAUUCUAACAGAAAAAAUUAAGGCAAUCCAGAGAAAGUUUCCCACAUGGAAUCCUGUUCAGCACCUCAAAGGUGGUCUGACUGCUUUUAAGUCAGGAAUGGGAACCAUUGUCACUCCUGAAGACAUAGAAGUUGACUUAGUCGAUGAUGUUAUUGCCCGCGCCAAAUUCUAUAAAAGACAUGGCUUCUAGGUCACUGACGAGGUACUCAACCGGCCCCUCUUUCAAGUUUGAUAUUGGCUCACUGCACUCAACAGGAACAAAGAAAUGGUUACAAUUAUGAAAGAAAGUUCAUCUCCAAACAUUUUAAUAAAAGUAAGCAAAAGAAAGAAAGGAAAGAAGGAAAAGAAGUGGUGAUGUAGUUUAGUUGGCUGAGCUCUCACCUAGCAUGUGCAAGACUCUAGGUUCCAUCUUUAUCACAAAGGAAAAAACACCCAUUCACAUACGGUUCCUAGGAAAUAUAC